AUGGACUUGGUUGCAGGAGUCCGGAAAGAAGGCAGCCGCGGCGGCCGCGACGAGUUCAAAUGGUCCGAUGUCAAAAACUCGAGCCACCGCGAAAACUACCUGGGCCAUUCGGUGAUGGCGCCUGUGGGUCGAUGGCAACAGAAUCGUGAUCUAUCAUGGUAUGCCAAGGGCGACGCAGAGGCCGAGGAGGAACGAGCCCGACAGCAACGCGAAGAGCUCCAGCGUGUCAAGGACGCAGAGGAGGAAGCAAUGGCCCGCGCACUCGGACUACCAAUCCCACCCAAAGCCGAAGAAAACGCCAACUUGACUCCACUAGGAGGAAAUGCAAAGACACCGGUAAAUCCAGAUGAGGCUGCCGAAGCCCCCACCGAGAGAGACGCAGAGAUCGCAGUGAUGAACGUGGCCGAGACAACGAGCGAAGACAUCGGAGACAUCAGGAUGAUCGAGACAGGUAUCAUACAAGGGACCAUGAUCGAGACCGUCAUCACCAUGGCCACCGGCACCGGUCUCGUGAUAGAGAUCAUCGUAGGAGACGAUCCCGCUCCCGGGUUCGAGACCAAAAUGAUCGCGGAGAGGAACCACGACCCCGACGAGUCGAACGUAACCACUCACCAGCUGAGCGUCGCCGUGAAACUGAACGUCGCCGAGACCGAGAUGACCGCGAGCGGCGACGUUAAUUUAAUGACUUACAUGAUAUCCAUUGUACCAAACACACCAAAUACAUUAAUGCCAUCCUGGAGCAAGUUUGGCCCAGCUUCACGAUUCCCACCAAUAUCUGACAUCAUAAUUCCGCCAAGUGACUAUGCGACAAACGGAAUAAUAAUU